AUGUCUGCGCCGGCGUCCAUCCGCGGCCAACGCGGUGGCAGCUCGACCAGAGGUGGACGAGGGACUUCGUCUCAAGCGACCCGAGAUCGCGGUAGCACUCGCGGAUCCACCGCUUUGAGAGGACGAGGCAGAGGCGCAGGUGCGAAUGCGCGUGCUUCGAGUCCCGGUAGUGAAGGGUUGCUGCAGCGACUACGUGCGGGAACUGUCAAAAGAGCAGAAGACAAUGGAUCAUCUGGGCCGGGAAGAGGACGUGGUGCUGGUACUGGAAAUGCGGCGACCUUUACGCCCGGUUCACGAGGACGUGGCCGCGGAUUUGCGAAAUUGUCGAAGACAUUCAACACUCCCAGCUCUCAAACGCCAACGCCCAGCCCUCGAGCAGCUUCUCCAGCACCCGCCACGCAUCGAGACUUUAUGAACUUGGCCUACGACAAAUUCCAAGCGCUAAAACAAAGUCGGGAAGAGGAAAGAGCGAAGGCGAUUCGUGACGGGUUCCUCGCCGAUCCGGAGAAGAAGACCAGCCUGGAUAAAGCCAUCACCCCUGUCGGAACCUGCACGGAGAUGUGCCCAGAGUUCGAAAGAGUGGAACGCAUCGUUCAGAACAUGGUUGACAAGGCAGAGAAGGUACGCAACGAAGAAACCGGCAAGGACAUGCCCGCAGAAGAUCGCAUGGUCAAACGAUUCCGUCGCUCUGCUGCUGGAUACGACGAACAGCUCCCUUCAGAUAUCCGAACCCCCGCGACUCUAAAACGGACUCUGGACUACCUCGUCGACAAGGUAAUUGGUGGUGGUGAACGAUUGGCAACUGUCCACAAGUUUGUCUGGGAUCGCACGCGAGGAAUCCGCAACGACUUCUCAAUCCAACAAGUCACCAAUGUCCAGGACGUUAAGCUUGCUGUCGACUGUUUCGAACGCAUAGCUAGAUUCCAUAUCCUGUCAUUGCACCAGCUGUCAAACCCGGACAAUCUCCAAGAGGGAGAGAACUUUGACACCUACCAAGAGAGAGAACAGCUCAAUAAUACCCUCUUAUCUCUCGUCUACUAUUACGACGACCAUCGAGGGCGCAUCGACUUCCCCAAUGAAGGAGAGUUUCGCGCUUAUCUCGUGAUUUUUGAAAUCCAGGCCCCUGAAAGACCGGACUUGGAAGACCGCAUGCAAUCAUGGCCCAGGAGUCUCCUCAGAGACAAGAAAGUUCAGACGGCACUUAGGCUGUACAGAGCUGCAGGUAACUCCCUUCUCGGCCAAGGGCCUCUUCAGCCAUGGGAGCCCUUUGCGAUUGCCCAAGGCAAAACAGGAAGCUUUUGGAAUAUCUUGGCCUCAGAUUCGGUGCCCUACAUCAUGGCAUGCCUCGCUGAGAUAUAUUUUGCCGAGGUCCGUUUUGCGACUCUGGAUGCGUUGUGGCGAUCGUGCAAGAAAGGCCCUCUGGCUCAACAAGCAAAGUCUAGAGAUUGGACACUGGGCGAAGUGACAAACUUUCUUGGAUUCGACUCCGACGACGAGACCAAAGACUUCUGCGCCGCUUUCGAUCUCUACUUCGCCACAGACGAUAGUGGUGAGGAGUAUCUGGAUGCUACAGCGAACAGUGCCCAGUCCCUCGAUCCGUCCUCGAUACCGCGACGCCAGGUUUUUUCGCACCAUUACGUGGAAAUGAAGCGCUACCACCGAGCACUGAACGCCGUCAUCAACGGGGCGACCGUCGCCGAAGCCAUUCGUCAGGGCUGGGUUGAGCCUGACGAUGAAGACACACGCCCUGUAGAUGAUAUCAGGGAAGAUGACCAGAACAUAUUCGUUCCGGAGACGAAACCGACAUCCACCUCUGUGGCGCCCUCGCUCCCUGGACCUCAGCUCAAUCCACAAGCUGCCCCUUUUGCACCAAAGUUCGGACAAAGCACUGCCUCGCUGAGCUUGACCAGGCCAACGGUGCCUGCUGGAUUUAACUCUUCUCGUUCCCUCAACGCUGCUGCUUCUGUCAAGUCAAAAGAGGAGUCUCCAUUUGGCAAGCCUUUGCAAACUGGUGGCUUCGGGUCCUUGGACGUGUCCAAAUCGAUCGAUUCGACUGGAACCUUUGCAAAGUCGACUCUCCCUCCACAGCAGCAAGCUUCGACUUUCGGCUUUGGUGGAUUCCCAGCAUCAGCAACACCAUCUACCUCAACUUUCGGACAGCCUGCGCCAGCACGGAAAGAAAGCAAACCCUCCAGCUUUAGCGGAUUCACCCCCAAGGCUCAGGAAGCACCUUCUACUUCUCUAGGUCGCGAACUUUCCGGACCUGCAGCUACUGGAUUCAGCUUCGGCAAACAGCCUUUUGCGCCUUCGACAUCUACGACCUCGUCCGCGACUCCUUUUCCGCCCAUCUCCGGCCAACCGCCUCCGCCACAACCUACAUUUCCUCCUGCGCCGCAAGCGAGUCAAGCAACAGCCCUAACCACAGCUCCAACGGCGACAGCCUUUCAAGAGGCACCCCUUGUGCAACCAUAUCCUGCUUCUCCAGCUCCGGUGCAGAUGGCUGACGGCAACACUACACCAUCGUUUCUUACAACGACCCAAAAACCUACGACUCAACCAGAGCCCGCCGAGGCGCCAUCAGACUUGGAGCAGCAUCCGCCAUCCACCACAUUUCCAGCAUCGACUACAACUCGCUCUUUCCAAUCGAAAUCAACGUCAACCGCUGAAACCCUUCCAAAGUCUGCUUUGGAAAAGUUCAAUUUCACUACCGCGACAUCAUCCAUCACGGCCCGUGGGAACCAGCACCCAAGCCAGCAAGUCAAAGAAACAUUACUCAAGCCAAGCUCAGCCAUUAUACAGCCUCCCCAGCGUAGCACAACUCCUCCAUAUUCUCCUCGUCAGCCUCCGGCCAAACCAGUCUUCAGCCAAGCAGACCGAAACAAGCUUGCAGAACAGGUUGCCAGGAUUGCACUGACGCAACAGAGGGGGCUGCUUAACAGCUACCUUGAAUUCACCCUGCGUGACCUUGUGACAACCGCCUUCAAUCAAUAUCGACUGGAAGCACGCGAUGCAGCCAUCGCAUCUGUUCGUGAACGUAUCCUUGCGCGAAAGUUUGGAUAUCUCUGGCGAACGCGCGCUUGGACUAGAAGCCUGAAUCGACGGGCAAAAGCCAGACGCCAGCUCUUUGCAGAAACAAUCAGAGCCGAACAAGCAAGAAAGCAAAGAACGGAGGAGGAGCUGGAGGAGAUCCUAAGGGCAACUCAGGAAACGAAACGUCUUCAAAAAGAGGUCCAAGAGGCUGGUAAGGCGGGAAAAUCCUCGUCUGCCGGACAAAACACCACCGAAGUCGCCAAAGUUGCUGGACGAAAGCGCAAAAGCUUCUCUGGUGCGCAUAUUAGAGCGAACGGGACACCCCUGACUCCUGAACACAAGAGGUCCAAAACGAUGAGUAUUUCCCCAGAACCUUCGACUUCUACAACGAGUCAGAGACAGGAGGUCUCUGGCUUCAGUGCAUCCACCUCGAGGCCGCGUCAACACGUCUCCAUCUUUUCGCGCACUUCAACACUCGGUCAAUCAGCAUCUGAGAAACUCGACACCACACGUACAGAUUAUUUUAGGCUCAAGGCUAUGGGCGUCGACCCUGAGACGCCGAUCAUUCCUGAUACUAAGCAAUCGCUGGCAAUUCGACGACAAAAAGAAGCAGAAGAGAGACAAGCAAGUCUGAAAAGAGCAAACCGCCGCAUCAGAACUUCUCUCGCGUCUGAGCAAAGCUCCCCAGCACCAAUGCCACCGCCUUCGAUUUCUGAUUCUCGGCCGCUGGAUGCCAAACCAUUGGCGAAGAUUCCUGCUCCUCUAGUCGAAGAUGACUUCCUCAAACAGAUCAGACAAGCGCGUGAAGCAAUGGAAGAACAGAUCGAAUGGUUCAAACUGCAAUCUGUGUCACUGGAAAAGGAGAUCGAGCAAGAAGAAGAGUUCCGAAGAAGUCAAAGCGGUCGUGAUCACGGGAGUCCUAGCUCGGCAAGCGGCAUGCUACGAGUCAACGGUUAUGAGUACCGCCCUGGGGAGAACAAGCUAGGGUCAACUCUGUCGCGCACCGAGAGACGCAUCCGAGAGACUGGUGCCCACGGAUUUGCCACGAAACCUCUGUGGUCGGGCUCGCAAUAUGUGCCUGUUGCGAUGUCAAAGAGAAGUGCACGGAAUUACAACAAUGGGUCCAACAUUUCGAGCCCAGGGAGAAAACGAACACAUGAUGACGCAGAGCUCGUGUCUAACGUAAAACUAACGACGCGGAAUUCUAGUGCUCUGCCCGCUUCCAAACGCCCUCGAGCUGCACCAUCCAAGAUCACAGACCCAAAGAUCAGACGUCCGAAGCCCAAACAUAUCGCCAGUGCUCAAGGCAGCAAUUCUUUCAACUUGCUUCAGUCACCGCCGCCUAACGACCAAGGCGUAUCAGGUGACGAUAUCGAAGGGGACGACCAUGAUCCGGACGAGUUGUACGAUGAAGAGGAGGGUCCAUCUGGACACGCUCCUUCUGGACUCGCUUCUUCGCAAUAUGCGCUCAAUGGCGCGUACGCAGACGAUGAAGCUGAAGAGGAGUUGGAGGAAGAUGCAGAAGAAAACGAAUACCAUUUCGGAGGAAGAUUUGAAGACGAAGAGCGCGAAGACGACGACGAUGACGAAGAAGCAGAAGAAGAAGAAGAGGAGGAGGAGGAGGAGGAGGAGGAACAAGAACAAGAACAAGAACAAGAAGCAGAAAGAGAGGAGAUGGGCAACAAUAACGACGGUGCAGACGACGAAGACACAGAAUAUAGUUACCCAACCUAUCUCCAAGCGCGCCAGGACGAGUUUGACGACGCUGAGACACCCAUGACGAAUCCACAGCUCAGCCGCGCCGCCAGUAGUGCCCCUGGCGGCAGCGUAGACGACGCGCUGGUCCUGAGCGAUAGUGACUGA